AUGGCUUCCGCAAAUCAGCCACAAGCACAGAAUGAUCCUGCCAACAAGACGGCGGUGGCUGACGAGCCUGGUCAACCACCAAAUCUGACCACAGCAUCGCUGGCCGCUCAAGCGCCUGCUUCUACGGGGGCGGUCGAGCAAAGAAUCACACCAUUCGAGGUCUCUGGCGGUGUUGACGCCUUUGGAAAAUUAUUGCCGGUCGAUUAUGCGAAACUCACUCGCGAUUUCGGUGCUUCACCGAUAACCCCAGAACUACUCGCGCGCUUUGAACGUGUCACCGGUCGGAAGCCUCAUCGAUUCAUGCGUCGCGGCAUAGUACUGUCUCAUCGCGAGCUCGAUGUGAUCCUUACUCGGUACGAAAAAGGGGAACCAUUCUACCUGUACACGGGCCGUGGACCAUCCUCGGACUCGAUGCACGUUGGACAUGCUGUUCCCUUCGAGUUCACCAAAUAUCUCCAAGAGGUCUUCGACUGCCCGCUUGUCAUACAGCUCACGGACGAUGAGAAGUUCAUGCACAACAGGAAGAUCACUCUCGAGGACUGUGAUCGCUACACGCGGGAGAAUGCCAAAGACAUUAUUGGUCUCGGAUUCGACCAGUCGAAAACGUUCAUCUUCAAUGACCGUCGGUACAUUAGCUCCACGCUAGCUUUCUACGACAAUGUUAUCAGGAUGGCUGAACACAUCACCGUGGCCCAGAUCGAAGGCACCUUCGGCUUCAACCGGAGUAACAACAUUGGCGAAUACUUUUUCUGCGCCAUACAAUCCGCUCCUUCUUUUGCCACAUCUUUCCCCCAUAUUUUUGGCAAUGACAAGAACGUGAAGUCGAUCCCCUGCUUGAUCCCUUGUGCUAUCGAUCAGGAUCCAUAUUUCCGCCAGACACGAGACAACGCCGCGAAGUUGAAUUUCAAGAAGCCGUCCCUGAUUCAUUCAAUCUUCUUGCCCGCACUACAAGGACCAGGUUCCAAAAUGUCGGCCUCGAUUGAUACCUCGGCCAUCUUCUUGACUGACACGCCCGCUCAAAUCAAAAAGAAGAUCAACAAGUAUGCUUUCUCCGGAGGGCAGGAAACUGUGGAGAAGCACCGAGAACUGGGUGGUCGUGCUCUUGACGACGUGCCAUUUCAAUACCUUACGUUCUUCAUGGAAGACGAUGAGGAACUGGAGCGGCUUCGGCAGGGCUAUGAAAAAGGUGAAAUCCUGACGGGCGAGAUGAAAGCGAUCUGUAUCAAGCAUCUGCAGGAGUAUGUGGCAGCAUUCCAGGAACGCAGAAAAACAGUCACGGAGGAGGUCAAGGAGGUUUUCAUGGAAAAGCGACCACUGAAGUUCAGGGCAGCUCCAGGAGCUCCGGUGGCCGAUGGAAAAACUCAGGACGCGGUACUGGAGAAGGAGAAGAGUGGCCAUUCAAAGAAGAUGAGUUUGGGUGGGGGCACUGUCAAUGUGAAGCAGGAAAUGGCUGUAGACAAAGACGCCACCGGAGAGGUAGGGGAGAGGCUGAAAAGAAUGAGCGUUAGCAAGGCGUCGUAG